AUGACAAAUGUUUCUCCAGAAGAAGAGGGCAGUAGCCCGGAGUUCAUUGCGAACGCCAAAAAGCUCCGAGCUUGCAGCAAUUGUGCGCGCCUCAAGAUCAGAUGCAGGUGGCCACCGGCCACGGAGCAUGGUGAACCAACCGAUUGCACAAGAUGUUCCCGGAUGAACAUCCGCUGUCGGGUGCCGGAACCAGUACCCAGAAAGAAACGGGGAAAGUCAAGUCGAGUCACCGAACUAGAGAAGAAAAUCGAUGGCCUGGUCAACCUUUUCCAGAAUCAACAACAGGCCAAGCAACAUGGAGCUCAAGCUCUUACUCCCGCUACCAGUUCAUCGACUUAUGAAGAGAAUCAGCUGCGUGGAUUACUGCCAUGCGCUGGACUCCCCAUGCCUCAAGCUGACACCGAGGCAUCCUCCAACGCCGUCACCCCCGACCCUCACUGCAGCACCCAACACACCCCAGACGUCGGUCCUUCGAAUACCUUGCAGUUGGUCCUUGGACUCUCCCUCACCAUGGAUCAAGCCGAAGAAUACCUCAACAUCUACCGCACUCGCAUGGUCCCACACUUUCCCUUCAUACCUAUCCACGUGAAUGUGACGGCGCGGGAGCUCCACUCCCAGAAGAGAUUUCUUUUCUGGUGCAUCAUGCAGGCUCUCAUUCCUCAAGAAGCCCCUGUUCAGAAGGCGGUAGAUGACUGGAUUAGGCACCAUGCAGCCGUGCAUAUUAUCGUGAACAGGGAGAGGAAGCUUGAGCUGCUGCAGGGCCUGUUGAUCUACAUUGCCUGCUACGCUUGGGGAGAUGUCCAUAUUCACUUGGGCAUGAGUGCCAACGGCCUUCUGCAACUUGCCAUCGGCAUGGUCUCAGACAUGAGCGUCAACACUCUUGCUGGACCACUAGCCUGGAUGCCCAAGACCAUGUUAUCGGAUGCAUGGGCUGUUAUCAGCAAAGGAAAACAUUUCGAAACCCCAAAACAGACUCUCGAAGAGCAGAGAGCGGUCUUGGGAGGCUAUUUCAUUGCAUCUAGCGUGGCCAUCUCAAUGCGAAGAAGCCCACAAGUACAAUGGUCAGCAUAUAUGGCGCGAUGCUGCAGAACUAUCCGCGAAGCAGGGGAGUUCGCAACAGACUCGAGCUUAAUUGCAUUCGUCCGCAUGCAACACGUAACCGAUCGUCUCAGAUCUUUGUUUCCAAUUUACGACAGAGAUGAGGACACGCCUGCCCCAUUCUUCAAGGAGCACUACAGCGCAAUAUUCUCGUCCGUACGGAAGGAGAUGGAGGACCUUCAGAAAGAGGAGCCUGGUAUAAACAAAGAUAAUCCGCUUGUUUGGUGUCACUACGUGACCCUCGCAGUCAGACUCUACGAGCCUGCACUGGGUAUGCGACCAAUGAGCCCAGCAGAUACAGCGUCGCCGACCGAGCCAUAUAGCCGAACUGAAGCCCUCUGGAAAUGCCUCGAAUGUGUUCAGGCCGCCAUGGAUGCUUUAAUGUCCAUACCCGCAGAGAUAUACGCAUACCUGCCCUUCACUCUGGUCUCCAGCACCGCCUUCGUAAUGAUGGCAGCGAACCGGCUUCUUUUGGAAGACGGCAGCCCCGACUGGGACGUUACUAUCGCUCGGCAAAAGAUUCCACACGCGGAAAAUGCACAACGAAUGGCGGACAGAUUCGAAGAGGCGGACAACGUAGCCCUUGUUGUUGGCCAGAAGAGGCGUCUUUUCGAAGACCAGACGUCUAGAUGGGCGAAUUACGCCUACCGUGCACGAUGGAUGAAGAACUGGUAUCUGAGCAAAGUGUCUCCUCCACAGCGGGAGCCGUCUGCUGAGCAACCACCCAACACCGCGGAGGGUUCAACGAACGACCCGAGCAUGUCGUGGGUGGAUGAUGUCACAAUGGACAAGAUGUUUUGGGGACAGAUGAUUGUGGACGGGUUUGGACAGAUGCCUUAUGAUUUCCAGUUUGGCAACGAUUCGAUGCAGACCUUACAGGGCAUCAUGUGGCAGGAUGGGAUGAGCACGACUGAGACGAUGGCCAUAGCGAACAUGAUACCCCAGUAG